AUGGUUGCAGUAUCAGGAUUUUACAUCCCCCAUGGAGGUGUUUGCUAUAAGACCGUCACCUCCUCCGUCCCCAUUCUUCCCCAUCUUUAUUUUACCCCGCCUCCCUCCCCCCAUACUGACGGAUACUAUUUUGUCCGUACCGUCAACAUGUGGACAACCACCAGCGGCUUGAGUGGUCGAUCGCUCCGGGUGAGCAUCACCGUCGCUGCUGUCAUGGGUUUCUCGCUCUUCGGCUACAAUCAGGGCAUGAUGGCCGGCCUCCUCAACGGCGACGAGUUUGUAAACUCCUUCCCAAUCCUCAGAAUGCCCGAGGAUGCGACCUCGGAGCAAGAACGAUACAUCAACGUCAUCCGCGGUGCUGUCACAUCCUGCUAUGAGCUUGGAUGUUUCUUCGGCGCGUUAUUCUCCAUGUUUUUCGGCGACAAACUUGGCCGCACUUGCCUAAUCUUUACGGGUGCCAGUAUCCUGAUCAUUGGUGCCGUGAUUACAUCUGUCUGCUUCACCGGAAAUUGGGAAGUCGGUCAGUUCGUUAUCGGCCGUGUUGUAUCCGGCAUUGGCAAUGGCAUGAACACGGCCACAAUUCCUGUGUGGCAAUCGGAAUGCUCCGGCGCCCACAACCGUGGAUUCCUGGUCUGCUUUGAAGGUGCGAUGAUCGCUGGUGGCACCUUUAUUGCCUACUGGGUAGUCUUCGGCCUCUCGCACGCCGCAGAUAGCGUCCAGUGGCGAUUCCCAGUGGCACUCCAGAUCUUGUUCGCCAUGGUCGUGGCCAGUGGUGCCUUGUUGCUCCCGGAUUCCCCAUCGUGGUUUGUGUCUAGAGGACAUGACAAGGAGGCCUGCGAGGUGCUCGCUAGGCUCAAUGGUACCACUCCUGAAGACGACAAAGUGCUCAACGACUUCAAUUUCUUGAAGCAGGAUGUGGAGGCCUCGAGGCGCAACCAGGCAGGCUGGAAGUCGAUAUUCAAGGCCAGCAAGACCCAGGACCUCCAGCGCAUUCUUAUCGGUUGCUCUGGCCAGUUCUUCCAGCAGUUCACCGGCUGUAACGCUGCUAUCUACUACUCAACCCUACUUUUCCAGGAGAACCUGCACAUGGAGAAAACCCUAUCUCUGAUCAUGGGUGGUGUGUUCGCUACCGUCUACGCCAUUGCAACCAUUCCCUCCUUUUUCAUGAUUGAGAGGGUUGGCCGUCGCAAUCUGUACUUGAUUGGCUUCCUUGGCCAAGGUCUCAGUUUUGUCAUCACAUUCGCUUGCUUGAUUAAGGAGAACGAGCAAAAUGCCAAGGGUGCUGCCGUUGGUAUCUUCCUCUUUAUCGUUUUCUUUGCAUUCACUCUGUUGCCACUCCCCUGGAUCUACCCCCCCGAGAUCAACGCUCUCCGUACCCGUACCGUGGGCGCGUCGGCAUCGACCUGCACCAACUGGAUCUGCAACUUUGCUGUUGUCAUGUUCACGCCGCUUUUCGCUGGCCAGAGUGCAUGGGGCGUUUAUGUCUUCUUCGCACUGUUCAACUUCAUCGGCUUGGUAUUCGGCUUCUUCUUCUAUGUUGAGACAGCUGGACGUGAGCUUGAGGAGGUCGACAUAAUCUACGCCAAAGCCUCUGCCGAAGGGAAGAUGGCAUUCAGGGUCGCCCACGACAUGCCCAAGCUCACUUUGGAACAGAUUCUCGAACAAUCUCGCGACCUGGGCUUGAGUACCAAUGAGCAUGUCUCACAUGAGAAGAGCGAGCUUGGUCUCAGCAGUGACAGUGGACAGGAGAUUGAGGAGGUUCAGGAGAAGCGCUAG